AUGGCAUAUUUUCGACUAUGCUUGCUUGUCGCGUUUAGCCUUGUUGCUCGAGCCCAACAAAAAGACCCUGUCCAAGACUUCUGCCGACGAUGGGGUCAUCAAACGGCGCAAAUCGACGGGAGACUCUUCAUUGAUGGUGGCAUGGUAGACUGGGAUCCGGCUGGGUUGAACUACACGAAUACAUGGCUGGUGUUCAGCGAUCUGAACUCUACGACCCAAGUACCAGGAAUGCCCGCACAGUAUGCGAACCUUUCGAAACCCGCACACAUACCGAGUGUCUCUGGAGGAUUAUUAUGGGCGGACAAUGUGAACAAGUGCUUCUAUCAGUUCGGCGGAGAGUAUCCGCCUGGAGGUUCACCUACAGAUUUCAGCUUGUGGACAUAUGACGUGCUUCUCAAUCAGUGGAAUAGCAGUGAGUACACAAGCGAUCCUGGAUCCUUCCAGCGAGUAUCGUUCGGCGCCGGAACGGAAAUCGAAAGUCUCGGGCUUGGGUAUCACUAUGGAGGUUGGCUGAACGAGAGAACGACGCCGGGAUGGACUGGGCAUCCUAUCGCGACAAGCAAUUUGAUUCGGUUCGAGUUCUCGACGGGAACGAUGAGAAAUAACAGUGGCCCCGACACCAUCGGAAGAGCAGAGGGACAGUUGGUCUACUUGCCAGCGUCAGAUGGCGGCUUACUUGUCUACUUUGGCGGUAUCGAGGAUCCGUCCCGAAAUGGAACUACUGUUGCAGACAUCCACAUUCUCGAUAUAGCCUCCAGCAAGUGGUAUUUUCAAACGGCUGCAGGCGACACUCCUCUUCCGCGGCGUCAGUUCUGCGCCGACGUCACUUGGGCGGACGACAAAUCCUCAUAUAACAUUUAUUCAUACGGUGGAUACGGCUUUGGAAACUCACUCGCUUUCGACGAUGUAUACAUUCUUUCGCUCCCAUCGUUCACUUGGAUCAAAUCAUACAACGGCACUGGACAGUACGCCCAUGGUGGAUGUAGCGCAAAUGUGAUCAAUCAUAACCAAAUGUUGGUCAUAGGCGGCUGGUUCCCAUCGUUUGACCAGUGCGACUCGCCUGACGCGCAGGGCCAACAUAACAUGAAUCUAGGCUACAACGGUGGUGCAUCAACAAUUUGGGACAGAUUCGACCCUAAGCUCUCGCAAUACUCCGUACCUACACCUAUCAUAGCUGCGAUCGGGGGAGGACCUACGGGCGGCGCAACUGUAACGGCUCCUGCUACUUGGGGUGACAACGACCUCAGGGUUUACUUUACGCGGACAGCGUCAUUUGCUACUAGAGCUGCGACUCGUCUCAUUCCCACCAACACUUCGGGCUCAUCCUCCGACUCGAAGCAUAGUAAUGUAGGAGCAAUCGCAGGUGGCGUUGUUGGCGGUCUGGUAGCAUUGAUUACAAUAUUGUGUCUCAUCUUGUUCUGCUUUCAUCGCCGUAAGAAAGCGAUGAAAAAGGAUAACGUUAUCCCGGUCGCUCCAUCCUCUCCGCCGCCAGCAGAGCUCGCAGCUACUAUCUCAAGGCAGGAAUUGCCGGCACCUGGUACAGGAAAAUAUCUUUCAAUGAACCAGUACUCGGAUUCCAAUGCUUACUCGAAUUAUUCAGGAGGAACUUCUCAGGCUUCACAAUCGCCAGGCUACAGCCACCAUUCCCCACCAUCGCUUCACGCACUUCAGCCUUACGCAUCUACAUCGCCCACGAGUACAAGGUCGCAUCCUGCUGAGACUGCUCAACAAGCAUAUCAGCCACUCAACACGUAUCCACCCUACUCUGACAACCGUAUGUCAUACGACAACCAAUCGCCUCCUCGGGACAACCACACGUAUCCACCACCAUCGGCAAUUGCUUUGCAGCAUCAGUACCCAUACCCUGCGCCCGGAUCACCUGCCAUGCCUCCGUUAUACCAACCUCAGCAGCAACCGCAGAUGUAUUUUCCGCCACCUCCAGAAUCGGCAUAUCAUUCACAUCGCCCCCAACACUCUGUCGACUAUUUGAGUAAUCCAGAUGCAACACGGUAUAGCAACGAUGUAGAACAUCGUCCGCUUAGUACGACGAACACACCCGCCCAAUUCUAUGCCCAGCCAGUAUCGAAUAGACCUCCACCAAUGCCUGAGAGCACACAGCGCAGUCCUACACUUUACGAAGAUGAAGACAUGGUCAACGGCAGUGACGGCGCAUUUCAUCACAGUCCAGUCAGCGAACGCGCACGACCCGCACGAGGAAGAUUUGUGGAGGUCGAUCACAUGUAG